GGUUCCUCCUCCCCGAACGUCACUGCCCCGACCGGCUCUGCCCUGCUGGCUCUGGGGAUGUCCUGCUUCACCAUGACCCUGGGCGUGCUCUCCAACCUCACCGCCCUGGGCAUCCUGGCCCGGGCAUCCACCCAUUUCCGCCGCCGGUCCAAGGCUCCCUUCCUCCUCCUGACGGGGGCGCUGCUGCUCACCGACCUGGGGGGUCACCUGAUCCCAGGGGCGCUGGCACUGCACCUCCACCUGUCACGUGGGCGGGGCCGGAGCCGGCCAGCCCGGGAGCUGUGCCAGCUGUUUGGGGCUUGCAUGGUGUUCUUCGGCCUGUGCCCCCUCCUGCUGGGGGGCGCCAUGGCGGUGGAGCGCUGCCUGGGCAUCACCCGGCCCCUCUUCCACUCCGCGGCGGUCACGGCUGCCCACGCCCGCCUGGCCGUGGCCCUGCUGGCCUCCCUCGCCCUCCUGCUGGCGACGCUCCCCCUGCUGGCUGUGGGCAGAUACACGCCACAGUUCCCCGGCACCUGGUGCUUCCUCCCGCUGCACGGCCCGCUCUCCGCCGCCGACGCCGGCCUGGCGCUGGCCUUCUCGGGCCUGGGGCUGGCGGCGCUGGCGCUCUCCCUGUUCUGCAACACCCUGAGCGGGCUGGCACUGCUGCGGGCCCACCUGGCCCCGUGGGGGUCCCGCUCGGCUCGCAGCGGGGCAGGGCGGGGCUGCCACCCGGUCAGGGUCCGGCCGUCCUCCUCCUCGUCCUCCGCCCGGUCGCUGGACACGGAGAUGAUGGCGCAGCUAGCCGGGAUUACCAUCGUGUCCUGCGUCUGCUGGACUCCUUUCCUGUUCUUAGUCUCAGUAUCGGUGUUGCAGUUCUACCUUGGUUCCGGACACGGUGGUUUGGACCGUCCGUACGAGCGGCAGGUUCUGCUGAGCCUGCGUCUGGCCUCCUGGAACCAGAUCCUGGACCCCUGGGUUUACAUCCUGCUGAGGAGGGCGGUGCUGCGCAGGCUGUUCCAGUUGCUGCAGCCGGGACCAAUGGAAGAGCUGGACAGGCCGCCCGGCGGAGAAAGGGUGGGCGGUGAAGCGGUGGGCGUUGCUCCGAACAGCAGCGCAGAGAUGGGUGGGUGCGAGUGA